GACCAUCCACGACUCCGUAUACUACAAGUAUACCAUGCCAGCUCCACGAGCUCCACGAAAGCUUCGUAUUGCGUUCGUUCACCCUGAUUUGGGAAUCGGUGGUGCAGAGCGUCUUGUGGUAGAUGCCGCACUGGGUCUACAGAAGCUUGGACAUUCUGUGGAUAUUUAUACGUCACACCAUGACCCGAAGCAUUGCUUUGACGAAACUCGAGAUGGUACCCUGAGUGUGCAUGCCAUUGACCCGCCUUUCCCUCGGGCGUUCAAGGGCAAAUUCCACAUUUUCUUUUCGCACGCCCGCCAACUUCACUUGACCUCACACUUAUUGUGUUCAAAUGCAACGAGAUAUGACGUUUAUUUUGUGGACCAGCUCUCUACAUGUGUACCACUGCUCAGGAUGUUUGGGCACACUCGAGUAGUAUUCUAUUGUCACUUCCCCGACAAGCUGCUAGCAGAUGGCGCUUAUGUGGAAGAUAGGAUACAGCGGAAAGGCGGCCUACUCAAAAGAAUCUAUAGAUUCCCUAUGGAUUGGCUUGAAGAAGCGACGACGCGACAGGCUGAUAUCAUUCUUGCCAAUUCUAACUUUACGGCGCGAGUGUUCCAGGCUCACUUCCGGUCGAUACAGGUAACACCAGAAGUCGUAUAUCCCGGAAUCAAUCUCGCAGCGUAUGAAGUGUCGAGUGUAGAUGACAAGGAUCCUGAUGUCCUUCAGGUUGCAUCAGACCGCCCCACUUUGCUUUCACUAAACCGCUUUGAAAGGAAGAAGAAUGCAGCAUUGGCAAUAAAUGCUUUCGCUCGUCUUCGAGAGAAAGUGUCGACAACACCGCACCUGAAGUCCAUGCGUUUGGUUAUUGCUGGCGGAUACGAUCCUCGAUUGGAGGACAAUAUGAUGGCUUUCGUCUUGCUUCUUGACCGAGCAAAAGCCAACUCACUCACAUACGAUAUUGUCCAACCUCGUUCAUCCCAUGUCAAUGUUCCGCCCUUCCAUACCACGAAGGACAACCCUGAUAUACUCUUCUUACUCAACUUCACAACCUCUCAGCGAUCGGCGUUACUCUCCUCCCCAUCCACUCUCGCACUACUUUAUACCCCAGAAAACGAACACUUUGGUAUUGGACCAGUAGAAGGAAUGGUUUGUGGCGUUCCGGUAUUGGCAUGCGACAGCGGUGGGCCCACAGAAAGUAUCAUUGAUUAUCCUCCGAAGGACCGAACUGGUUGGUUACGAAAGCCAGACCCGGAUGUUUGGGCUGAAGCCUUGUUGGAGAUCGUCACUCUGCCUAAGGAAGAGAGAGUAGCGUUGGGGGAGAGGGAAAAACGGCGAGCACAGGAGAAUUUCGGUAUGGAAGCAAUGGCGAAAGGCAUCGAGACGGCUUUGGAUAGGGCUGUGAAGAUGGGACGAAUCCAUGGUUUCAACUCGAUGUGGAUCGUUUUCUUCACCCUUGUCUUCGUGCCCAUCAUCGCGACUAUCCUUUUCAACCGUUGAUACAUACCUUUUGCUUAUUGUAUACCCCACGUUUACUUUCACGCUUCCGACAGAGAUCUGUGUACGUGCGUCACAUAAUGACAAUAUAUAAAUGCGAAAGCUAUUGAGAAUGAGUAAAGUAAAAUCAUAAUGCACAGUAGAGAUAAUCCAGCCAAUAUACAAUGUCCAACC